GUGUGCUUCGAAAUCAUAAAAAAAAUUUGAGGUUAUACAUAAUUUUCGAAACUGCCAAAAUGUUUCGAAAUAUAAUAAUCAAAUCAAAUUGUCUAAAAAUUACGAAAGCUUUUAAAUGUACAAUUUCGCCCAAAGAUACCGAAUUACCAAAAGUGAGUGGUUUUGCUCAGGCAUUUGAAAAGUUUUCGGAACCUACACCACCGAAUACAACGCCUGUUUCAACACCACAGAAAUCAUUUGCAACAUUAUUAAGAAAUUCAAAAUUUAUGGAUCUAGGUGAUCCCGAAGGGAAAAUUGUCGUUGGGAAAAUAUUUCAUAUUGUGGAUAAUGAUUUGUACAUAGAUUUUGGUUGGAAAUUUCAUUGUGUUUGUCCGCGACCAACACAAAAUUCCGAUCGAUAUAUUCGUGGUGCAUCAGUUCGACUUCGAAUUAAAGAAUUAGAAUUAUCAACGAAAUUUUUAGGAUCUGAUAAGGAUUUAACAAUUUUAGAAGCGGAUGCUGUUUUAUUGGGACUUGUAGAUAAAAAAUAAGGGCU